AUGGAGAGACUGAGUUUGGUUGCCUUGUUGCUAGCCUCAUUGGCAAGUUUAUUCGUUCUGUUUGGAGACAGAUCAGGUUCUACGAACUACCUUCAUUCUCUUAGAUUGCAUAGACAGCAUGGACAAGAGGGAGUGUCUUCAACAGGCGGAGAUCAUAGUGCUUUUGCUGGAGGACAGAACCUGAUGACACCAGGAUCAUAUGGGAUCAUGCCAACUGCUGACGGAAGAAAAGAUGUUGCAAACCAACGAUACACCUCACCUUCACAGAGACAUGAUCUUGAAACGAUGGACAACAUUGAGACCAUUCUUGGUCGCAUCAAUCAUACAGAUCCAGCAUGGGCCACAAAGGCCGAUUGCUGCUACACUUACAGCGAGAAACGAUCGGCGAUUCCGAAAAGUUUGCAGGAGAAGAGGCACUGCCGAAAGAGAUUGCCUGUCGCUUUGGUCAUCGGGGUUAAGAAAUGCGGAACCGGGACUCUGAGUACCUUCCUUGAUCUCCAUCCAGCCGUCUCCAUGACCGGCGAGACGAGGUUUCCCAGUAAAAAUGUCACUAACACUUCUGUCAUAAGUUGGAUCCAACGCAUGCGUUUGAGCAGUCCGUACCAGUUAACCAUGACAGAAAAUCCAGGUUUCUUCUAUUAUCACUUCCUGUCAUUCCUCAAGCCAUACCUUCCGUCUCGUGUCAAGUUUUUCUUGCUCCUACGCGAUCCUGUGGAUAGGCUGAUAUCAGAUUAUGCCCACCUGGUAGCGCAUUCAAACGCUCCCAAAGAUCGACCUUUUGAUAUUAUGUAUAGGAUGUACAGGGUUCGGGAAACCUUAGAAAAGACCAUACUGCAGCCUGGUGGGGACAUCAUGAAAUCAAAGCUCAUAUCGCAGGGGAUGUAUAUCGAACGCAUUAAGAAAUUCCUUGACGUAUACCGGAAAGACCAAUUCAUGUUCAUCGACGGUGAUGCAUUUGCGAAGGACCCUUACCCAACAAUGCUGGAAACAGAACGAUUCCUUGGCUUGCCAAAGUUUUACAAACGAUCACACUUUGUCAAGAACGACACAAAAGGGUUCUUUUGCGCGCACGUGCCAGAAAGACCAGACAGAAGAUGUAUGAUCCCGGGGAAAGGACGCCCUCAUCCCAAAUUACCUGACAGGGUUUUGAGAAAACUUCAUGACUUUUAUCGACCCUACAAUAGAGCACUUAAUGAACAACUUGGCUUGAACUUUUCUUGGAUUUUUACAUAGUACUAAUCUAAAGUGUUUGUGCAAGAGACGACAAGAUAAAAAAAUCCCGGAGAUACAAAUAUUAAGGAGCUAUC